AUGAGCAUUGACCGUGGCGAUCGAAUAAUUGUGAUGAUGUUUCGUUCGAUAUGUUGCUGUAAGAGAAGUGGUCAAGUCGCUGAUUCCAGUGAAGAAAUUAUUGGGCAGCAGUUGAAAAAUGUGUUCAUCGUGUGUACACAAAACGUCUUGACACGUGCACUAACCGGCAAACUGAUGGCAGCCCUCGAAGAUCGGCACCUUCUUCCCGUACACAUGAAGCUACUCCGACCGACUCAGGAAAUGAUAGAUAAGUCGGGUCUGUUGAAAGGCGAGAAACGCAGGCAACUAGACGAUGCCUUGAUGAUUCUUGUGUUUCGUGGAAGGGAAGCCCAGUCGAGAGUCAACGAUUGCAUUAAGCAUUUCAAGACGCAAUACUCAUUGCAUAAGAACGACAUCUACUGGACGGAUAAUGAUCAACACGCGAAGCACGAGGAGGAAAUCUGGUUCAAAAAUGACGAAGUUGUGGUGGUAAAUGCAGCGGCGAACGGGGAGGUGGCAACAGCAGUGGUUGGGGAAAAUGUGCCGGCACAGAAUGGAAUCCUAGAAGAAUCCUCCCUGGCAAGUGUCAAAAUCGAAAUAGCGAAUCCAGAAGUUCACUCAAUCGUUUCUACGGAAGGUGGCCAAGGGCCCCAUAUGUCCGUCAACUCCAGUCAACUUCCAUCUCCAAUCCCUCAACAAGCCGACGAGCAUCCAACACCCCAUCCAAUUGUUCAUCAUAUAAAAGAAGAAAUAAAAGAUGACGUGGAAGUGAUCAGUGACACAGCAGAUAUUCUGGAGCCUCAUCCAUCACCGAUUCCAGUUCUGAUUGCUCCGGUGCUUCCAGAUAUUCAUCAACCAACCAAGAUUGAAACUUAA